AUGUGGUCCCGGUUGGCGAUGGCAGCUCGUGCGGUGGAGUCAACCGCCGCAGCUGCGCUGCGAUCUGUCAUCCGUAGGGCUCAUAAGGCGGCGGAGAAUGUAGGAAGAGAUCCGGAGCGGGUAAGGGUCGUUGCUGUCUCCAAGACUAAACCCGUCUCACUUAUCCGCCAAAUCUACGACGCUGGCCACCGUUGCUUCGGCGAGAAUUACGUUCAAGAGUUCAUCGACAAAGCUCCACAGCUCCCGGAAGAUAUAGAGUGGCAUUUCGUUGGGCAUUUACAGAGCAACAAAGCCAAAACGCUAUUGGCUGGAGUCCCAAACUUGGCAAUGGUUCAUGGUGUAGAUGGCGAAAAGGGUAGGAGUGCGAUUCUAUGUUCGAAUGAUGACAGAUAUGUGGCUUCUAACAUGAACAAUUCAGUAGCAAAUCAUCUUGAUCGAGCUGUUUCAAGUCUUGGCAGACAUCCAUUAAAGGUUUUGGUCCAAGUGAACACAAGUGGAGAAGCUUGUGAGUAUAUUACCACCGAGCUUCCUUCCUGUAAAUGUGCUAAAUCUGGAAUCGAACCUUCAAGUGUUGUAGAGCUAGCAAGGCAUGUGAAAAUGCAAUGUCCCAAUCUGGUAUUCUCCGGAUUAAUGACUAUAGGAAUGCCCGACUAUACUUCUACUCCAGAGAACUUCAGGACACUUUCAAACUGUAGAGCUGAUGUCUGCAAGGCACUUGGAAUGUCUGAGGAUGAAUUUGAACUGUCUAUGGGCAUGUCCGGUGACUUCGAGCAAGCGAUUGAGAUGGGAAGCACCAAUGUGAGGGUUGGUUCUACCAUUUUCGGACCAAGAGAGUACCCCAAAAAACCAACUUAG